CGCUUUUAUGGAGUGAAUCGCAGUACAACGUACAACUAACAUCACAUCAGUUAACAUCAGUAUUCAAGUUCAUCCGAUUCCAAUCUACCUGAUUAAACUCUGCCGGUCGUUGCGAUAUUUCUGUGAUAAUGAAUGAUGUAAGCUAGUUUAGGUGCGAAGGACGGUAAAUAAAACUUAUUUGAAUCAAGAUUUAAAAGUACGUGAACGCUGCACUUGAGUUGAAUUGUGCCGCCACUUUCAUCAUGGAAGAAAACUGUCAGCUAAUAAUCCAUAAAUCGUGUUCUACCAAACCAUCUGAUACAGUAUUCAAUUACUUAUGGGAGAUUAAUCAGUACAGAACCCAUUAUGACGAUUCUGGUACAUCACUAACUUCGCCUGAAUUCUCCACCCCUUCGAACGAAAACCAUAAAUGGACCAUAACACUCAAGCCUCGUUACCAUUCGGAAUUUUACAAACUCGACUUUCUUUCCUUAAGUCUGAAGUUCACCUGCGUCAGUGGAAAUGAUAUUGAAACGAUUGCUCGAUUCCAGUUAUCAGUCUUGGAUUCCGAGCGAAGAAUUGCCCACAGCAGAAGAAGCGCGUUUCGGGAAUUUAAAAAUAUUAAAGAAUAUUUUUUCGAAACCUUUAUUGAAAGAGAUAUCUUGCUUGAAAGACAAAAUACCCUCUUACCAGAUGAUAAAUUAUCUAUCCUAUGUGAAAUCACUAUACGUUCUGAGACACCGACUUCAACUCAUCAGACUUGUGAAGAGCCAGUAUACGAUAUCAUACCGACGGAUCUGCCUCCGUGUACCUUACUCGAUGAUUUAUCUCAAUUAUUCGAAAAUCAAGAAUUCUGCGAUGUUACGAUAUGUGUGAAAGGUGAAGAAUUCAAAGCUUAUAAGGGUAUUCUCUCCGCGCGAUCUGCUGUAUUCAAAGCCAUGUUCCAACACGGGAUGAAAGAGUCCCAAAAUAAUCGAGUUGAAAUUACUGAUGUCGAACCUGAAGCAUUUCGCGAAUUACUGCGUUACGUUUACACAGGGAAUUUAAAGAGUACGGAAACGGUGACAUUGGAUUUAUUGGUCGCAGCGAAUAAAUACGAUUUGAAAAGGCUCAAGAGUACAUGCGAAAAUACAUUAUGUAAAAGUCUAUCGAAUGAAAACGCAGCAAAUGCUUUAAUCACCGCUGAUCUGCAUCAGGCUGAAAAAUUGAAGGCUGCUGCAAUUUUGUUCAUUAAAUCGAAUCCAUUGGCUGUCAUGAUCACUGAAGGAUGGAAAAAUGUGCUCGAUAAUUAUCCAUACUUGAUUAAUGAUAUUAAGAAAUAGUUAUCUAUCGUACUGAGAUGUUGUGCUCUGUGUUAUUGUGUAUAUAGUUACGUACCAAAAUAUGUUAUUUAGCUCGUAGGUAUUAUUAGCAUUUUGUUAUUGCAGUUCUUUCCUUUCAUUAAGGUUUGUUUUUAUUUCCUGCUCUCGUAAUACAUGUAUGGAAAUUGA